AUGCUGAGUCUCACCCUACGCCUCAUAGCCAUCACCAGCGGACUCUUUGGCAUCAUCUUCUGCGCGCAGAUUAGUGCAUCCAUCUUCACAAACCUGAAGUCUCACAAAGACCCCGAUCUCGACCAAACCACCAUGACUUACAUACAGCCGCACCCACACCAGUACCCAUCCCCGGAAUCACACUCAAUCUCACACUCACCAACCCGACCAGCUCUCCGCAUCGACACAUCAUUCAUCAUCCCAGGAACGACAACACAACAGCCCAUCGUCGAGAUCUUCCCGUAUGCUCCGCCCACACGCCGACCAUCAGCAUCGGCGUCGGCAGCAGCAUUCAUGGACACGCUGUCCAAGCAAGUCGCGCGCUUCAUGGUCGGGGUUCUAGGCGCGGUCGACGACAUCAGCUCCGAGUCGUCACGGCGUGCGGCGCGCAUGCAGCGGCGCUUCAUGGUGCCGCGGAACCGGUGGGCCGCGACGCACACGCAUGUUGAAUGCUCGGUGUAG